GUCAUCGAUAUCAAAAGCGCUGCUUUAGCAUAGGUUAGAGGACAGUGUAGUGUCAUGUAUGUUGGUAGAAGCUCUGAAGAAAUCGGGUUCACGCUUCAAGCAUCAUCGAUUGAAGCCGGCUGACGUGAUCACUUUGGAGUGGUGUCAAUGUAGACGUUAUCAACGAUGACCAGCGACAAAAAGGGCACAAAUAUGAGCACAUGCAUGCUCCAUAGGACCGGACAUUCCUUCGUGCUCGUGGCAGUGUCACUGCUGUCGCUGCUGGCAAUACUUCCGCCGCAACAGCCAUCGUGCGCCUCGGCAUUGUCGCUGCUCCCUCAGACUCACACGGCAAGCUUGCUCUUCAGGACCCGUAGGGACGAGAAUGAAGGAGUUGGAGCAAGACAUCGCACUACGAGUGUGGGAUUCUACAUCGGCGAUCCGUGCAAGCAGACCUGCAGCAGUGUUCUUCACCACGUAUUCUGCAACCACACUUCUCGACGGUGCGAGUGCCGGCCGGAGCACCCCGUCAACAUCAACAACAGGCAAUGCGUCAAGGCUUCUUCUCUGGGCAGCCACUGCGCAUAUCACGAGGUGUGCGUCUACUACGUGGCCCACUCGUCCUGUCAGAGCAACAAGUGCCGCUGCAUUGAUGGUCAUGAACCCGACACUGAAUCCAAAAAGUGCACGCCAAAGCGUGCUCCGGCUGUCUUGGAUGGUACCGAACUCACAACGAUGGUGAGCGUGAUCGUGGCGCUACUGCUGUUCAUGGCACUCUUUUGCCUCGUCCUCAGGCUCUUCAGCAAAGCCCGUUUCGGUCCCUCCAGUGGUGAUCGUAUGGCCGACGCUGGAUCGCCACCUCCGAGCGCCGCCGUGCUCAGCUCCGUGGACGGGUCCUUGUCUGACAAUGGGACCGCAGCCGGAGCCAAGGAAGGGCCUGGAUCCCGGCGCAAGUCCCGGAACUCAAUUGAUGUCACCGGGCCGCGACGGCCCGGCAACACUGUGCCUGCAUCAGCGGAAACGCGGAACAUGAUGUUUUGAUUCUGAGAUAGCAGCUGCUGGAACUUCCAUGGAAGAAAGUACGAAAGAAAUGGACUGCUGGUGUUAGCAUACGCAGACAGCUACUAUUAAAAACUUCUAUCAAGAAAAAGGAAACACUUAAAUAGUAUCACUCCGCAGUUAAAACACGGAAUGAGGACUAAUGUGGUAUUAUUUCAUGCACCUUUCAUUGACCGUUCACAUCAACAGCACAGUUGCUCAUGUGUAUACUUUUCUUCUAUUUCAACAUAAAAUAUUAGUGGUAUGGAGGUACUGGUAGACGUUAUAGUUUUUUUUAUUCGGGAAGUCAUCCAAGAAUAUUUGUAAUUGUUCAUCACACCACAAAAUAAGGUGCAUUAUUGACAACAAAGAGCCAGACAGUAUGUCCUCUUCUGUCUUAUGAAUGUUUUUUGGAUGAAGUGGCUCUUUCACGAUACAAUUUCACCACACACAACCCUGCAUAGCAUAGUCUGCAAACAAAACGAGUGGCCUAUCAAAGGAACGCUGUUAUCACAGAGCCCAACUCAACGUCCUUCAUUUUGUUUCUAUU